UCUUUCGUAUUGCGUGGAGCUUUGUGGCAACUCUACAAGAAAUCAGCUGAUCUGCUUAACCGCAACACGUGUGUUUACAUUUAGUUGGCAACGCAACACUGACAGCUGUGAGGAUGGACAUGGACGCCGAGGACCAAAAGUUGGAGCCAACGUCUGUCAGUCUUAGCAAUUGUCCGGGCACAACGCCCGCUAAGCCUCUCAGCAAAAACCAGGCGAAGAAGGCAAAAAAAUUAGCCGAAUAUACGGAGCAACGCAAAUUGCGGCGGGCAAAGGAGCGCGAACGCAAGAAACAGAAGCGUCAAUUGGCCAAGGAGCAAGGACUGCCGAUACGUGUCGGUCCCUCACGCAAGGAGCUCAAACGGCGUCAAACGAGCGUUGCCCCCAAUGCCCCCGCCAUUACUGUGGCCAUCGACUUGGAUUAUGAUGAGCUAAUGCAGGAGCGCGACAUAGCCAAGUGUGUGAAGCAGUGCCUGCGCAUCUACACUAUCAACCGACGUUCGGCACAGCCGUGUCGCCUCCACUUCACAGGCAUCAAGCGCAAUGGGCACAUACACGAGUCCUUCAAAAAGAAUGAUGGCUGGGAGAACUGGAAUGUUAGCUAUCAUUUCGAUAGUGAUCACACACAGCUGUGCGACAAGGCGCAGCUGGUUUACUUGACAUGUGAAUCCAGCACAGUGCUGGACAAACUGCGUCCUGAUCUCACAUACGUGAUUGGUGGCCUGGUGGAUCACAAUCAUUUUAAGGGCUUAUGUCACAAACGGGCCACAGAUGCUGGCUUGGCCACUGCACGCUUGCCGCUCAGCGAGCAUGUAGAUAUGAAGACGCGUUCCGUCCUCAGCACGUACCAUGUGUUUGAGCUUCUCACGCGCGUGGCCUCGGAUCAGCCAUGGACGGAUGCAAUUCUGGCCACGAUUCCUUUGCGGAAGGGCGCCAAGGCCAAGGCCGUGGGAAAGGAGACUGAAGAACCUGAAGCUACUACAAUAACAACCAGCUGUGAAGCCAUAGCUAAAACUGAAGAAACGGCUGAUACUCUUUUAACGAUUCCAAAUGAUGAUGACCUUAGUUGACCUUGACCUCUGUGUUGAACAAAAGCAUCUGACGAUAUCGAAAUUUAUUGGAGGUCUUUUUGAUUUUUAUUUUAGUUUCUUUUGUUUUAUAAAAUCACAUUUAGUUUUGUUUUCGCAAAUAAAAUUACAACUUAAAAUAUA